AAUCCGUGGAAAACCCGAUUGCGCCUGCGUAUCCAGACGUGGCAACGGCAUCAUGGCCUCUCGGAACCGAUACGGGAGUCGGAUGAGAGAGGCGACAAUGUUCAUGCUGGUGUUGCUGGUGGGGCUGCUGCAGGUGCUGGAGGCGGUGAAGGUGUCGCCGCUCAUAGAGAAGGUCAGCGACCACAAAGACUUCAAGAAGCUGCUCCGAACGAGGACCAAUGUUCUGGUACUUUACACCAAGUCAGCUACAUCAGGGGACUCUCACCUGAAACUGCUAUCAGAUGUGGCCCAGACAGUAAAGGGCCAAGGGACUAUUGCAUGGGUCAACUGUGGAGAUUCAGAGGGCCGUAAGCUCUGUAAGAAGGUGAAGGUGGACACGAGCUCCAAACGUGAAGGAGCAGAGCUGUUGCAUUACAAAGAUGGGACAUUUCACACAGAGUACAACAGACCCGCUACUUUUAAGUCCAUGGUAGCGUUCCUGAAAGACCCGUCAGGCCCCCCGCUGUGGGAGGAGAACCCCGAGGCGAAAGAUGUCGUCCACAUAGAGACAGAGAAAGACUUCAGGAAGAUGCUGAAGAAAGAGGAGAGGCCGGUGCUCAUGAUGUUCUAUGCUCCCUGGUGCGGUGUCUGUAAGAGAAUGCAGCCCAUCUUUCAGCAAGCGGCCACAGAGACCAAGGGGAAAUAUAUCCUGGCGGGGAUGAACGUGCACCCCGCCGAGUUUGACGGCCUGAGACAGGAGUACAACGUCAAAGGCUAUCCGACCUUCUGCUACUACGAGAAGGGGAAAUUCCUUUACCACUAUGAGAACUAUGGAGCCAGUGCAAAGGAGAUUGCAGACUGGAUGAAGAACCCUCUGCCCCCCCAGCCGAAGACCCCUGAGGUGCCGUGGUCCGAGACGGACUCUGGAGUCUUUCAUCUGACCGAUGAGUCCUUCGACAGCUUCUUGGAGGAGCAUCCUGCAGUCCUCAUCAUGUUCUAUGCCCCCUGGUGUGGACACUGCAAGAAGAUGAAGCCAGAGUAUGAAGAAGCUGCUGAAAUACUCAACAAGGGCACAAACAGUCCAGGUGUGGUGGCGGCAUUAGAUGCCACAGUGCAUAAGGCUGUGGCAGAUCGUUUCAAGCUCUCAGGCUUCCCGACUGUCAAGUAUUUUGUGAACGGUGAGGAGAAGUACACGCUGCCGAGCCUCCGCAGUAAAGACAAGAUCAUCGAGUUCCUGCACAAUCCUCAGGCACCUCCUCCUCCUGAACAGUCCUGGGAGGACAAGCCCUCCCAUGUCAGCCAUCUUGGAUCAGAGGAUUUCCGUGAGGCGCUGAAGAAGAAGAAACAUGCUCUGGUCAUGUUCUACGCUCCAUGGUGUCCACACUGUAAAAACGCUGUUCCUCACUUCACCACGGCAGCGGAGCUCUUCAAAGAGGACCGCAAGAUUGUGUACGCCGCCGUUGACUGCACAAAAGGACAGAGCCAUGAGCUCUGCAAGCAGGAAGGAGUGGAGGGAUACCCAACUUUUAACCAUUACAACUACGGCAAGUUUGUGGACAAAUACAAUGGAGAUCGAGGGGAGGCAGGAUUCAUCGGUUUCAUGCGCAGCCUGAGAGGACGCGAUCAGGAGAAAGUGGUCAAGAAGAAGGAGGAGCUCUGAGGUCGGCGUGCAGGGAGGAGGGGGGGGGGGGAGGGCGUGGCACGGCACUGCACAGUUUGUCAUUGCACUGUGACCCUGACAAGGGCCCUAUCCGCACUGACAUGGGAGACUUGAUGACCUCAGUAAAGGGUUAUUUUUUAUACUGUGGGGAUCACGUUUGUAACACCAUCAGACCGACCACUCGAGACCUUCUUUUUUUUUUUUCUUUUUUUUUUUUUGGUGGAUAUUCUGACGGGCAUAAAACAUGGACACAAAGUGAUUUUUUUCUUCUUUUUUUUCUCUUUGCCCAAACACUGUGACUGCGUAUGUGAAAAGCUACACCUUAUACUGUAUCUAUGCAAUACUGACCCCUGCGUCUCGCUGUGGGGUUCUGUGAGACAGAUUGACACCCAUAGUGCUGGGUGGUAGUGGUGGUGGGCACAUCAUUGAUUAAAGGUGGAGGCUGCGCUGUUAAUCGCUCCACAGUGGGUCUGAAUCCAGCAUGGGAAAGACGCAUUGUGAUUAUCGACGUUCACCUGUCCGUUCCAAUAUUUUUGUACAGAAGUUUCAUGUUUCAAGGCCAGAACUGUCCAGAAUAUCGAUUCUAAAUCCUCACAGCUAUCUUCAAACACUAAUGUCUAGAUAAGAAGAGCCCAUCGCUGGUUCAGUCUAAUGUGGAGUGGUACUAUGGGUACUGUAGCAGUUUGAAGUAAAUAUGGCCAAAAGGUCCUUAUGCUGUAUGGUUCUGGGCUCUCAAAGUGAGUUUUGGGGUUUUAGAUGGGACUUACAUUUCUUUUUCUUUGCUCAAAACUGUGGCCUUAAAGAAACAGAACAAUGCUGGAAUCGCAGAAAUAUGAAAAAUAAAGAGUUGAAGGGAAUCGGAGGCCUGGUGCCCUUGCUUUUCCCUCCAGUCGUGCUCCAGAGCGAGUCUGAGGAGAUGAACAAAACAAACAUGAAAUGCCAAAUAUUCCUGCGCAAUGCCCUUGAUAUUUUUAUGCUUCAUACAGCCACAACAACUCACAGCCGUAGUGACGUUUUUACCUCUUUCAGUCCUCUCUUGUUGAUUCAGAAUACGAUUGCAUCAAUGUUUUAACAAGGUUAGGCCUCAUUCAGAAGCAUGGGAGAUGCUGCAGUUGGCUAAAUAUUGUACGUCGAUCAAGAAAUGAAAUGGCGAGUUCUCCGGUAGCGUAACACCACGGGGGUCAUCACAUAUCAUUGUUCAUUUUGUGGCCAUUCUAUUCACACGCUGUGUUAUUCAACCCACGCGCUUCGUCCACUAUAAAUACUUAAAGGCUUCUGUGUAGCUGAUCUUGUGUUUUAUUAUUCAAGACUUUGGUUUCUUUGAUUAUGAAUACGCUUCUCAGGGAUAGCGAAACACAAUUAAAGGGAACUAGUUUGUUUGUAAUUUUGCAUUCCAGCCGAAAUCCUUUUGAGCCCUUAGGUCACCAAAUUGAAUAUUGUUUACAUUGUAUCCCUAUGAGCGAGAGAUAAAGACUUCUUUUUAUGUGUUAUAUCAUGGCAUCUGUAUUGAAAAAGACGUAUUGUCAGUAGAUGUUACUGAACCGUUUCUCGUCACACGUUAUCAUUGUGAUUAUUGAUGGACUCAUUUCAGGGCAAACUAGUCUCAAAUGCUCUGAACACGUUUUGUGUUCAUUGUUGAGUUUGAUUUUUUUACAUUCAAGACUAUGUAGGGGCAUUUUGAAUGAGUGCUGUACACAGGUGUCAACAUGUCGCUGUAAUUAGGUGUUCCUUCUCCACAAGGGGAAACAAUACCCUCUGUUUACUGUUGCAAUUUGUUUUUGUUUAUUGCACUUCAUUGUGACAUCACGUUUGCUAAAUACUAGAGAUCACCUCUGUCUUAUCCCAAAGGUAUCCAUGUUUUGUGGGAACAUAUCACACUUAAGCCAAGAAGUCAUUAUUGCCUUUCUUUUUUUUUUGUUGUUGUGCCCAGCCAUACGUACAGUUUUGCCCUUUGCAGUAAGGACCCUGAGAGAUAAAAAGAAAAAUAAAGUUAAACAUUUUAAAAA